UUAUCAAUAGCGCUAUUUCUAUUGGUAUUCGUAUUGCUCCAUUUUUAGUGUAAUAAUGCUCAUGGUCAUUUCUGUAUAAUUUUUUAUUUUUUCGCUAACUGCUUAUUUGCUAUUACUUUCACCAUCAUAUUUGUACAUGUCGUAUUUGCUGAUGUUGCUCUAUUGUUGUUGUUGUUGUAUUUGCUGUUGUUGUUUUUGUCUCUCUGUCUAAUCCCCUCUUGUCCCCACAAUUCCCCCCUCUGUCUUCCUUUUUUUCUCUUUCUAUCCCCUCCUGCUCCGGCCCGGCUGCACCAAAUGAUAAUAUAAAUACAUUUAAUAAAGUCAAAUACAAAUAAGGCAACAAGAGAAGUAUCCUACACUUCUCUUUUGUAAAGUAAAUAUGAACAGCCGAUAUGGGCAUCUACAUCUACUAUAUGAUUUGUCUGAGAAGCUGGACAGGACUAAAAAAUAAAAUAAGACCACAAAAUAAACCUGGAAUCUUGACAUAUUUUUAGGGGCAAAAAGUAUGGGUAUUAUUAGCAAUGUUUGGGACGGCGUGGCGAAGUUGGUAGAGUGGCUGUGCCAGCAAUCGGAGUGUUGCUGGUUACUGGGGUUCAAUUCCCACCUUCUACCUUCCUAGUCACGUCCGUUGUGUCCUUGGGCAAGACACUUCACCCUUUGCCUCUGAUGGCUGCUGGUUAGCGCCUUGCAUGGCAGCUCCCGCCAUCAGUGUGUGAAUGUGUGUGUGAAUGGGUAAAUGUGGAAAUACUUUCAAAGCGCUUUGAGUACCUUGAAGGUAGAAAAGCGCUAUACAAGUACAACCCAUUUAUCUAUUUAUUUUGCCUUGUACUGUAAUUACUUGUUAUCGGGUCGACACCAAAACAUGCAGUAUCGCCCGCGCUCCUGCCUGUGAUUGGAGGGAGGGUCCUGGGUGGUGGUCUCCCUCCCAGUGCGUCAAGACGCGGCAGCAGUGACUCCCUCCAGGCGGGCUUUGAGGAUCGGUGGGUCCAGUGCGGUGCACGGCGCGCUAAAUGACGCCCGUUCGAUCCCCGUGACACCUCCGCCAUGAGCUGCUUGGAUGUUAUGUACCAGGUGUUUGGAGCGCAGCCUUACUUCUCCUCCUACAGCUCCUAUCACCACCAGAAGGUGGCCUUGUAUUCCAAAAUGCAAGACCCGCAGGGCGGUCCCCCUGGACUCCAUACCAUCAAAGAGGAAGACAAGGAGGUGUCCCCGGGGACCGAGUACCUAAGUGCACGCUGCGUCAUCUUCACGUACUUCCAAGGGGACAUCAGCGCCGUGGUGGAUGAACACUUCAGUCGCGCCCUCAGCCAGACCGCCUCCUUGUACCCUUCUAGCAGUGGACAUAAGGCCCCUAAAGAUGGAUCUUUUCCAAUGAGCCAACGAAGUUUCCCUCCCUCUUUCUGGCACAGUUCCUACCAGUCAUCCGUCUCGUCCUCGCUGGCCAGCGCUCUCUCAGCGCCCCACUCAGAGCUCGCUUUCACCGGGGACCCGUACUCCCCGUCUCCCCUCCACAGCCACCUGCAUCAGCCCAGCCCGGACACCUGGCACGCGUCCCACCAUCACCACCACCCUUACUCGUUAGGGGGUGCAAUAGGCACGCAGGGCUCGCACUACACGCGGCCGGCCAUGCACGAGAUGUACGGCGCAACGUUUGACCCUCGCUACGGCUCGCUGCUGGUGCCCUCGGUAAGGCCUCAUCACCGCCUGACAUCCGGCAGCAGCUCGGUACCCGGGUCCAGUAGCUCGCCCUGUGACCUGGGGUGCAAGGGGGAGCCCGGGACGGGGUCGGCAUGGAGCGGAAGUUUCUCAGGAUCUGGACAGGAGAUUGGACUCAACAUGGACGCAGCUCUGUCUUACGGCGGCCUGUGCUGACGCCAACAAAAGACCAUGCAGAAGACGCCUUGCGGGACAAACUCUCGGGCAGGAAAGACAGACGGGGACAUAUGUGUGCCGUCACAUCGCAGGACUGUCUUCACCGGGGACAACUUGGACAUGCUUUGGCUGGUGGGAGGGUCCAAACGUCAUCAUGUUGUUGUUAUUAUAAUGCUGUGAAAACUAGUUCCUGAAGUUCUUAAUGCUACAUUUUCACCAAGUACCACCUCAGAAAACACUUGGCUGUCCAAGUACCACCAAACUGACCAACAUUAAAAUAUGUAAAGGCCUAGAUAUUUAUUAAAAACAAGGCAGAGGUUCUAAUUACCUAUAUGUUUGGCCACUGUAACAUUACACACAGUUUGAACAGUAACACUGUGUUUGAAUAUUUAUUUAAUUGAUUCUUUUGCGUCCCACAGUUUGAGAAUUCCUGUUGUAUUGUAUGCACAAGUAUAGAGCUGUAUCGCAAACAGAAAUAUUGGAGUUCUGCUACUGCUUCUACAAAGCGUCUCGCAGUCAACGAGGAUCGAACAGCAGCCAAGUUCACAGUUUUGUUGACCCAUCUCCUCCGCCCAGACGCUCCCCCCUGCAGCGCCCCGUCCCAAUGUGGACUUAACUCUCUGAUGGACUUAUUGGACUCAAAUUUGUUCCAGAAAGACGUUGUCACACCUGGACUCUUUUUGAGAGGUGUUAUUUUAAAGUGAGUUGAAAAAGUAAAGAUUAAAAAGCAUCAGCAUGCAAUGUGAACUCCACACCCACGCCUGCCAGAAGUUAAGGGGGGAGGGGGGGGUGGGGGUCUCCGUGUUUGUCUGAUGGAGGACCAGGAGAGCUAUUACGUCUAUUUGGAGCCGCUUGACUCGCUGCUUCCAUGCAGCUGUCAUCGACAACUGCUCUUUAACUUAGUGAGCACACACACACACACACGCGCACACACUGGUGGAAGUCAAUAAAGGGGGCAUUUAGAGCAAGCUGGGACAACUGCUGUGUGAGAGGACACACAAGCACAACUAUGUGAGGCAACUGUCAAAAAGUCACUGCUGACCGUGUGUGAGCACGUGUGCAUGUCUAUGCUGGAAAAAGGACCUUGCUGGGAUCAGUCCUCGUCAUGUUUUAGGGUAGUGUUUCUGAAAUAUCCCCAGGAAAAAUAAAAUAUUUCACGCCCCC